AUGGCAGCCGACAAGCAGGCCAAGCUCUCCCUUCAGGAGGAUAGCAUCGCCAAGAUGCUUAUCUGCAAGGCUCACAUCGGGACGAAGAACGUGGAGCACAAGAUGCGCCCGUAUGUCUUCAAGUCGACCAGCGAGGGCAUCCACUUGAUCAACCUGGCGAAGACGUGGGAAAAGAUCCUCAUGGCUGCACGGGUGAUUGUCGCUAUCGAGAACCCUGCGGACGUUCUUGUCAUCAGUGCUCGACCCUACGGAAGCCGCGCUGUCCUCAAGUUCUCCCAGUAUGUCGGAGCACAGGCAAUUGCGGGUCGCUGGACCCCCGGUAUGCUGACCAACCAAAUCACCCAGAAGUUCAUGGAGCCCAGACUGCUCAUCGUCACCGAUCCCCGCACAGAUGCCCAGGCUGUUCGCGAGAGCGCCUACGCCAACGUCCCCGUCAUUGCUCUCUGCGACACAGAUUCGCCUCUGGAGCACGUCGACAUCUGCAUUCCGUGCAACAACAAGGGCAAGGAAUCCAUCGCACUGAUGUACUGGCUUCUCGCUCGGGAAGUUCUCUACCUCCGUGGCGAGCUGCCCUCGAGGAGCGUGCCGUGGGAUGUCAUGGUUGACAUGUUCCUGUGGAGAGACCCGGAGGAGUUCGAGCGCAAGGAGAGACUGGAGGACGAGGAAGUUGCUCCUCACACAGCUCAGGCGGACGCGACCCAGUGGGGCGCAGACGCUGCAGCCGCUGACUGGAAGCAGGCCGGUGCGGACUGGACAGGCCCGGUUGCUGGCGGAGCUGCCGGCGAAUGGGAUCAGUCCGCAGUGGCGGCGGAGGGCGAGUGGGGCGGCGGCCGUCCAGGAGUAGCUGUUGGCGAGCCUUGUGCGAGCUGGCUCGCCUGGAAGAAACUGUCGACUUCCCACUGGCAACUCCAGUCGCGCGGAGAACCUCAGCUGGCCCUGCGCGUGGCCUUCGGGUCGUGUGAAGCGAGGACAAGUUGCGUUUCUUAA